AUGACAACAAAAGCUAUUGAGAGUGCAACUAGACCUGAUGUUGACAUUGAUGCUCUUCCUUAUGUUGAUCGAGAACUUGAUGAUGAAAAACGAAUUCAAAAGAAAGAAACGUUGGAUGUAUUAGAUACAAAAAGAUAUGAAUUGCAAGGACCUAAGGAUGAAAAUGAUCUCGAAGGAUGGAAAAUAGCUGUUAAUAAUACCAAAUCACAAUUAGAAUCACAAGCUGGAAGUAUGUUCAAUUUAGAAUUACUUCAAAAAUAUGGAGCUAAUGCAUGGAGAGUACACAACUAUCAACUAGAGGCUGAUCUUGCAGCUAUUAAAAAGAGAACAGAGGAGCUUCGACAAAAGAUACUUGAAAUCAAUAGAGAACGUAAAAGCGAACAAACAGAGGCAGCAGCUUCACUUUCAUCUUUGGAAAAUAAAUGGUCAGACCUGAUCACUCAAAAUUUACAGGUUAGCAUUGCUUGUUCAGCUUUAGAGAAUGAAGUGCAAGAAUUAAGACGCCAUAAGCAAUCUUUUUAA